CGCCUGCGCCCUGGUUACUGUACGGCAUUGACCGGAAGUUGCGGCAAGUAGCGACAGUCAGUGCAGUUGCCGUGGAGCGGCGGCUGUGACCGACCAUGUUACCCCUCUCCAUAAAGGACGAUGAGUACAAGCCGCCUCGACUCAACCUGCUGCGUAAGGUCUCGGGUUGGUUUAGGUCUAUCCUGUCGGACUCCACGUCCCGGAACCUCUUCUUCUUUCUGAUGCUCAAUCUCUCCUUCGCUUUCGUCGAGCUGCUGUAUGGGAUCUGGAGCAACAGUUUAGGUCUCAUUUCAGAUUCAUUCCAUAUGUUCUUUGACUGUACUGCCCUUCUGGCUGGAUUGGCAGCAUCUGUGAUCUCCAGGUGGCGGUCGAAUGAUACAUUUUCCUAUGGAUAUGUGCGAGCAGAAGUUUUGGCUGGAUUUGUGAAUGGAUUAUUUCUGAUCUUCACAGCCUUUUUCAUUUUCUCAGAAGGAAUAGAGAGAGCUCUAGAACCUCCUGAAGUGCACCACGACCGGCUGCUAUCUAUAUCUGUGCUUGGGUUUCUGGUGAAUUUGGUUGGCAUUUUUGUAUUUAAACAUGGUGGACACGGACAUUCUCACGACGGUGGUAAGUGA